AUGGCAGGUGUUCAGAAGAACUCAAGGCUGAAGUUUUCCUCCAACAGACAGAACAUGCCCCUGAGCUAUGCUAAUGUGGACAACAGUGCCCCAAAUGAUGAAGACUCUGGCAAACCUAUCAAGCAAGGUGACAAGAUACAAAAAGGUUUUACCGCUGCAUACCCAACUCAAGCCUCCAUUCCUUAUAGAUGCAGAACAUCAUUAAUCCCAGAUUCAGAAAAAAGGGGAUUUAACUGCCAAGCCAGGAGAUUCUAUCACAAAAAGGAUGACGUCCCGGGCCCUGGGUUCUACAACGUCAUCCACCAGUCUCCAGUGUUCAACAAUGCCUCUCUUUCCAAGAGAGGAACCUGCACUUUCCCCUCCAUGUCUGCCCGCCUGGGCAACAUCAUUUCUAAAAAUCCUGCUGCCAAUGCGUACACCAUCCCCUCAGAGUUGGUUUCCAAGAAGGACUUCAGCAAUUCCUGUUCCAGCAUGUUCCAGCUGCCAAGCUUCAUGAAAGUGGUCAAAUCUGGAACCCCUGCCCCAAACCAUUACCACGCCUCCAUGCCCAGAUGCAAACAAAAAACCAAUGUCGCUCGAGUUGGGUUUCUGUCAAAAACAGAAAGAGGAGUCUUCCCUUUGGCCUGUUCGCUAGUACCAGCUCCAGGGCAUUACAAUGUCAACGAGUCUCUGGUGAAGCAGUCGCCAAAGGUCUUAGUGUCCUGCUUCAAAUCCAAAACUGGCCGUGGAUUAAAACUGACAUCAACAGGCCCAGGACCUGGUUACUACAACCCCAACGAUCAGAUCAAGAUUCUGAAAUAGCCUCACGUGCCGAAAGGUACGCUUCUGAACUUUUCUGCCCAGCCUCUGCCUUUGCCUCCAAAGCCACCUUUCCCUGGGCCUGGCCAGUACGAGAUUGUGAACUACGAGGGACCCACUAAGCAUUUCAUCUCCAGUGCAUCGUUUGUGUCGAAUACAAGCCGGUGGCCAGUGUUGUCAUCCAAACCAAGCCUGCCCGGUCCAGCCACAUACAAGCCAGAGAUCCCAGGAAAGCAAUCCUUCCUCUACAAUGAGGACAACAAAUGGAUCCCAGCGAUAUAAUGAUGCCACAGGAGCUCAGGGAGAGGCUCAUCCAGCCAGGCCACUGACCCUGCUCCUCCCGGCCACCCAUCAGCAGAACACACCCUUCCUCUGUCACCCAGCCCAGGGUCACACACUGUCUGGAGUUGCCUUCAGGAGACUGGCUACCCCUGCCCCCUAUACUUUCCUGAGUAGAAAGGAGGAGUGGACAGAGCUCUCUGGCUACCUCCAUGUCAGCCUCCAAGCUGGUUUGCUGACUCCCGUCCCCUGAGUUAGGGGAUCUUGAAGUACGGGCUCUGAUAUGCAACCCCAGCCUACUGCCAAGAUAGCCUGUGAUGAAUUCCUUGCUUAGAAGCCAAUCAGCCAGGGCUCUGAGGCCUGGUCCAUGGGCCCUGACCUCCAAUUGUCCUUGACUUCUGGGAGGCAGGAUGUCCGGAGGUGCCCGCAACAUAAGCAAAGGGUUAUUCCCUGGGUACCCCUGGCCUCAGCUAUGCCUUGUUAUAUAACAUGAACAUGGAAACCAGCCAUGAAUCACUCAUCACCCAUGGACUUGUAUUCAUCACCAGGCAAGGGAGGACCCAGCUGGAGCUAGAGGCCUGGAACCAUGUUCCCCAGGGCAAGAAGGACCUCUGUGUCCCUUACCUUCAUGUUCUCACUUCCCCAACCUUGCCUCUGCCUGGCCUGGUCUCUGUCGCCUUCCUAACUUCCCACUCUAGUUCUGAGAAAGCAUCAAUUUCUAGUUGGACGGUGUCUCUAACAGACCAUGGAGCACCUACAAUGGCUAGAGGGAGAGCUGACCAAGAACCAAGAUGAAAUUAAACUGACCACGCAUCCUCCCCAUUCCCAGGUGUUGCUAAUGUCUGCCACUGUUCUAGACGGGAUCCUCUUGGGCUUCCUUUUCUCCUCCAACCCCUGAUGUCCUUCCAGGAUAGCUGGAAAGGAUUCUCUUCCCAAGGCCUGUUCCUUGAAGUUCUCUGGGAACUGUGCAUCCUGAGCCUCCCAUCUUGACUGGCUUCCUGAUUGGCUUUUUUUCUGGG